AUGGCAAGAACAACAAGCUCUUCACUUCUCUUAACCUUCACAUUCCUCAUCUCUUUGUCUUCUCUCCCUAGUCCUUCACUUUCAGCUUCCACAGACGCAUUUGUCUUUGGAGGCUGUACUCAGCAAAAAUAUGGACAAGACACACCUUUUGAGUCCAACCUUAAUUCUCUCCUUACUUCUCUUGUCAACUCAGCCACUUACUCUUCUUACAACAACUAUACCAUCCUGGGCUCAAGUCCACAAGAUGUUGUUUAUGGGCUUUACCAGUGUCGUGGUGACCUGUCAAUGCCGGAUUGUGCUACGUGUGUUGCCCGUGCCGUGAGUCAACUCGGAGUUUUGUGUGCUCAGACAUGUGGUGGAGCAUUGCAGCUACAAGGAUGUUAUGUGAAGUAUGAUAAUACGACGUUUUUGGGCGUGGAAGAUAAGACGGUGGUGUUGAAGAAAUGUGGGCCUUCGGUUGGGUAUGAUACGGAUGCUAUGAACCUUAGGGAUUCAGUGUUAGGAAGCCUAACUAGUACCGGUGGCCCUUAUCGGGUUGGCGGGUCGGGUGAUGUCCAGGGUGUGGCCCAAUGUGUCGGUGACUUAAGCGCCGGACAAUGUCAGGAUUGUUUGUCGGAGGCGAUCGUAAAGCUGAAAUCGGACUGCGGCACGGCGGAUUAUGGUGAUAUGUUCUUGGCUAAGUGCUAUGCUAGUUACACCACCGGCGGUCCUCAUGUUUAUUCCAAGGGUCAUAGUGAUUUCUCACAGAAAGAUGAGUUGCGGUUCAUUAACUCUUCUACAAUUGCAGAUAAAUAUAGCAAUGAUGGUGAGAAGACAUUUGCAAUUAUUGUUGGACUACUGGCUGGAGUAGCAAUUGUCAUUAUUUUCCUUGCUUUCCUAAGAAGGGUGUUCGGAGGAAACGGUAAAAUCCCAACUUUUCUUUUGCCUCAAUUUCAUAUCUGGUUAUCUUCUUCAUUUGUUUUAUGGAUCAAAGAUAACAUAACAUGA